CACACACACACUCACACCCGUGGGCCCCGCCGAAGGAAGAGCAGCUCCGACCGUCUGACUGACCUGACCCCCCCAGGCCCCCAGCAAGCAGCUCACCAGCAGCCCUGUACAGGACAGAAGACAAGAUGGCCGACCCUCAGCAGGUAUCCCCCGAGGAGAUGGAGGAGCUCAGAGAAGCAUUCAGCAAAGUUGAUGUGGACGGUAACGGCUUCAUCAGUACUCGUGAGCUGACGGAUCUCUUCAAGGCCGCGAACCUGCCGUUGCCUGGAUACCGCGUCCGAGAGAUCGUACAGGAGCUCACGCAGAAGAUGGACCAGAACAAGGACGGCAAGAUCACCUUCGAGGAGUUCACUAGUGUGGUCCAUGGCCUGAAGAGUGGGGAGGUUGCCAAGACGUUCCGCAAGGCCAUCAACAAGAAGGAGGGGCUCUGUGCUGUGGCCGGAACAUCGGAACAGUCCGGAACACAGCACUCAUACGCAGAGGAGGAGAAGGUGGCCUUUGUGAACUGGGUGAACAAGGCGCUGGAGAAAGAUCCCGACUGCCAACACGUGCUGCCAAUGGACCCCUCCACCAACGACCUCUUCACUGCCAUGGGGGACGGCAUAGUACUCUGUAAAAUGAUCAACCUGUCUGUGCCUGACACCAUCGAUGAGAGAACCAUCAACAAGAAGAAACUCACACCUUUUACUAUUCAGGAAAAUCUGAACCUGGCUCUGAAUUCGGCGUCUGCCAUUGGCUGCCACGUGGUGAACAUCGGAGCAGAGGACCUGAAGGAAGGCAGGCAACAUCUGGUGCUGGGUCUCCUGUGGCAGGUCAUCAAGAUCGGCCUCUUCGCAGACAUCGAAAUCAGCCGCAACGAAGCCCUGAUUGCUCUCCUGAGGGACGGUGAGUCUCUAGAGGACCUCAUGAAGCUCUCCCCCGAGGAGCUGCUGCUGCGCUGGGCCAACUACCACCUGGAGGAGGCCGGCUGCCCCAAGAUCAACAACUUCAGCUCGGACAUCAAGGACUCCAAGGCCUAUUACAACAUCCUGAACCAGGUGGCGCCCAAAGGAGACGAGGAGGGAAUACCGCCCAUAGCCAUCGACCUGAGCGGCCUACGGGAGAAGGAUGACCUGUGCAGAGCCGAGUGUAUGUUGGAGCAGGCCGACCGGCUGGGAUGUCGUCAGUUCGUCACGGCGACCGACGUUGUCCGCGGCAACCCCAAGCUCAACAUGGCGUACGUGGCCAACCUCUUCAACAAAUACCCCGCCCUCAAGAAACCGGAGAACCAAGACAUCGACUGGAGCUCCAUAGAGGGUGAGACGAGAGAGGAGCGCACCUUCAGAAACUGGAUGAACUCACUGGGAGUCAACCCACGAGUCAACCACCUCUACCUGGAUCUGUCCGAUGCGCUGGUCAUCUUCCAGCUGUAUGAGAAGAUCAAGGUGCCAGUCAACUGGGACAAAGUCAACAAGCCGCCCUACCCCAAACUGGGGAGCAAUAUGAAGAAGCUUGAGAACUGUAAUUAUGCGGUGGAGCUUGGCAAGAAGGAAGCCAAGUUCUCUCUGGUGGGCAUCGCGGGUCAAGACCUGAACGAAGGGAACAAGACACUCACACUGGCCCUGCUGUGGCAACUCAUGAGGAGGUACACUCUGAACAUCUUGGAGGACCUGGGUGACGGCCAGAAGGUGAUCGACGAGACCAUCGUCUCCUGGACCAACAGCACCCUGCAGGAGGCCGGCAAGGGGACCAUCUCAGGAUUCAAGGAUGGCUCUAUCUCCACCAGUAUGCCUGUCUUGGACCUGAUCGAUGCCAUCCAAAGCGGCUCCAUUCGUUAUGACCUGCUGAAGACUGAGGACCUCACUGAUGAGGAGAAGCUCAACAACGCAAAGUAUGCGAUCUCCAUGGCGCGUAAGAUCGGGGCGCGUGUGUAUGCGCUACCUGAGGACCUCGUGGAGGUGAAACCCAAAAUGGUGAUGACCGUCUUCGCCUGCCUGAUGGCCCGUGGCAUGCGGCACCGCUAAACACACACACACACACACA